AUUCUAUUCCAACACAAAUUGAGUUCCAUCUCCUUCUCUUCCUCGGGUGAUGCGGAUAUGGUGGAUUUUGUCAGCUACGUGGCCAAAUCAACGUCUCCUGCAGAUGAGAAUGCCGAAGGAGCUGUUGAAAAGGGCACCAAUGGACAUGCUGACGGUGGUGGUGGUGGUCGGAGAUGCUACGUGUUCUAUUGCAGUGGGGGAUGUUCAAGAGACUUCAUUUCCAGUAUUGGAGAGGCCUUCAAACUGGGGUAUAAAACCCUACAGACGCAAGACUUUGCUCCCCAGCCUCCUCCUCGACCCGUGAUCGAUGAUCUUGAUCCUCCACUCCCACAAGCCCCUUCUCCUCCCGUACCAGUGGAUCCUUGGUUCGCCCCACAAUCCAAAGCCCGCAAUGUGAAUGGUCAGGGUUCGCACGAUAAGUUUGAGGACUCUGCUUGGCUGCUUCAAGAUAACCCUCCUAUUGCACCCGUCUCCUCUCAGCCUGCCAAUUGGGUCGCAUUUUCCUCUAAUCCACAACCCCCGUCUCACCAGGAUCCAGACCAACCACUACCAUUCGAUUCAAAUGGAAAUUGCGCACAAUCUUCAGUGGAGAUCAAGGAGAGUGUUCGUCCUCUUGAACCAGUGGGUGAGCCCUGGUACGUGGGUCAAAUCACACGACAAAAGGCCGAAGCACUGCUGCAAUACGACGGUGACUUUCUUGUGCGGGCAUCCACUCAGCAGCCCAACCAGUUUGUCCUCUCGGGUAUGCAGAAUGGCAAGAAACGACAUCUGCUGCUAAUCAAUCCGGAAGGACAGGUGCGAACUAAGGAUAGGAUAUUCAGUAGCAUCCAAGAAUUGAUAGAUUUCCAUCUUCGAAGUACAACUCCCAUUCGUUCUGCUGACAACGAACUCAAACUGGUCUUCCCAGUGUCACCCAAUUAUCUGGAUCAAUAG